CACCUUUCUAUACUACUUCUUUCUCUGAAUUUAUUUAUUUUCCAUUUCUUUUUCUUUUUCUAUUUUUCAUAAUUUUUUUCUUUUUCUUUUUUUUUUUUUUGGGUAAAUUUUAUUUUAAUUUUAUUAUUAUAAUUUCUUCGAAUUAGUAUUAUCUAUAUAAAAAAAAUAUAUUCCAUACAAUAGCGAGAACAUUUUUUUUUUUUUCUUUUAUACCCUUUUUGUUUUUUCAUCGAUAUCUCCAAUCUUGAGGGGGAUUUUGAUUUUUAAUUGUUAUUUUUAGGGUUAGGGUUAGGGUUUGAGUUCGAUCCCUCUUUCCGAUUGAUCUGCUUUUUGUGGUGAAUAAUGGGUGCUGACGGCGAAUCUAGCGAGCCAAAAGUUAACGCUGUUGGUGUUGAAGGUGGUGAAGAAGGAGCUGCGAUUAAUAUCCGGUGCUCUAACGGUUCCAAGUUUACGGUGAGGACUAGUUUGGAGUCGACUGUGGAGACUUUCAAAGCAGUUUUGGCUCAGAAUUGCGAUGUUCCAGCUGAUCAGCAGAGGUUGAUUUACAAAGGUCGUAUAUUGAAGGACGACCAAACCCUUCAAAGUUAUGGUUUGGCGGCAGAUCACACUGUUCACAUGGUUCGUGGUUUUUCACCAGCUGCAUCAACAACCACUUCUGCUCCUGCAACGUCUGGAAGUCCCAACACUACAACAGGUGUUACACGAGGUGUUGGUUCUAUUGAGGGUGCAGGGGUUGAAAGUACCGGUCUUGGGGCAUCUUUAUUCCCUGGAUUGGGUUUAAACACACUAGGUGGUGCGGGUGGUGGAUCUGGUUUGUUUGGGGCCAGGCUUCCUGAAUUUGAACAAGUGCAACAACAAUUGACCCAGAACCCAAACAUGAUGAGGGAUAUAAUGAACAUGCCUGCAAUUCAAAGUUUAAUGAAUAACCCUGAUUUGAUGCGAAGCUUGAUUAUGAGUAAUCCCCAAAUGCGUGAGAUAAUUGACCGGAAUCCAGAGCUUGCACAUAUUCUUAAUGAUCCUGGCAUUCUCCGACAGACAUUAGAAGCUGCAAGGAACCCUGAGCUCAUGCGUGAGAUGAUGCGAAACACUGAUAGGGCAAUGAGUAACAUUGAAUCUUCCCCUGAAGGAUUCAAUAUGCUAAGGCGUAUGUAUGAAAAUGUUCAGGAACCAUUUCUUAAUGCUACUACAGUAACUGGAAACAAUGGAAAUGAUUUAGGCUCAAACCCAUUUGCUGCUCUUUUGGGGAACCAAGGUGUAGCACAAGCUAGGGAUGGGUCCAAUAAUCCUUCAACCACUGGUUCAGAAACAACUGCUGGUCAGGCUUCUCCAAAUACAAAUCCACUUCCUAACCCUUGGAGCAAUACCGGUGGAGGGACACAGACGAACACUACUAGGCCAAAUCGUGCUGGGGAACCAAGAACACCAGGUGUUGCUGGUCUGGGAGGGCUUGGACUCCCUGGUAUGGACCAGAUAUUAACCGGAGGCAUGCCAGAUGGUGCUAUGAUGAAUCAACUUUUGCAAAAUCCAGCUGUAUCUCAGAUGAUGCAAAGCCUUCUGUCAAAUCCCCAAUAUAUGAAUCAGAUGCUGAAUCUCAAUCCGCAACUGCGUGGCAUGGUUGAUGUGAAUCCUCAACUUAGAGAAAUGAUGCAAAAUCCAGAACUUCUCCGUCAGUUGACAAACCCUGAGACACUGCAGCAAAUGCUAGCUUUACAGCAAUCACUUAUGUCUCAGCUCAAUCGACAGCAAUCAGCCCCGGAUUCAGCUCAGACUGGUGGAGCCACAGGGACACCUAACAUUGCUGGGCUGGAGAUGUUGAUGAACAUGUUUGGUGGUCUUGGCGCUGGCGGUUUGACAGUACCAAGCAACCCAGAUGUGCCGCCGGAAGAACUUUAUGCAACUCAGCUGUCGCAGCUACAAGAAAUGGGUUUCUUUGACACCCAAGAGAAUAUCAGGGCAUUGCGUGCCACUUCUGGGAAUGUCCAUGCUGCAGUUGAGCGUCUUUUAGGAAAUCCUGGGCAAUAAAUUUAUUUGGUUUUAUGUUUUUUUCUUUUUUAAUUGGGAAUUUUCAUGUGGACAUGUAAAAUUAGACAAUUGAACUAGGGUUCUUGGAAAGAUGUGAGAAAUACGGGCACUUGUAGAUUCCAUUUUGGGCGUGUGAAAUAAGGCAAGUACACACCAUGAUCGAGCUGUGAGCUUGUGCAUAUAAGCUUAUGAAUUACAGAACUGUUUUGACGCCUA